CGCGCCCUCGGUCUCGCCCCAACGUUUUUCUGGCGGGAACGGCGCACGUGUACCUUCUUCCCAAGCAACUGCCUGGUGGAGCUCUUGGAGCAGACGAUCCUUUACCAGUCCCUCCCCGUGAUGGGGGCAGGCUGUUAGUUUCUCCAGCAGCUGUGGAGCGACCAGGGUGGCCCAUGGAUGUCCCAGAGGGCCGGGCGGGUGGCCCCGCUGCAAAAAUGUAUCUCUGGGACCAGCUGGAGGAGGGGAGCCUGGGGACGCUGCUGAGCUUAGAGGAGCAAAUACUCAACUCGACGUUCGAAGCUUGUGACCCCCAGAGGACAGGUAUCGUGACUGUGACCCACGUACUAGCCUACCUGGAGGCUGUGACAGGACGGGGCUCCCAGGAUGCACGCCUCCAAACACUGGCCUGCAACCUGGACCCCAAUGGAGAGGGCCCUCAGGCCACUGUGGACUUGGACACCUUCCUGGUUGUCAUGCGGGAUUGGAUUGCUGCCUGUCAGUUGGAUGGGGGAUUAGAGCUGGAAGAGGAGACAGCCUUCGAGGGGGCCCUGACCUCCCAGCAACCGCCAUCUGGAUGCCCAGAAGCUGAGGAGCCAGCCAACCUGGAGAGCUUCGGAGGCGAAGACCCCAGACCUGAGCUGCCCGCCACAGCUGACCUGCUGAGCAGCCUGGAGGACCUGGAGCUCAGCAACCGCAGGCUGGCCGGGGAGAACGCCAAGCUCCAGCGCAGCGUGGAGACAGCGGAGGAGGGAUCUGCGCGCCUCGGGGAGGAGAUUGCAGCCCUGCGCAAGCAGCUUCGCAGUACCCAGCAGGCUCUGCAGUGUGCCAAGGCUGUGGAUGAGGAGCUGGAGGAUCUGAAGACUCUGGCCAAGAGCCUGGAGGAGCAGAAUCGCAGCCUCCUGGCCCAGGCCCGACAGACGGAAAAGGAACAGCAGCAUCUGGUGGCCGAGAUGGAGACUCUGCAGGAGGAGAACGGGAAACUACUGGCUGAGCGGGACGGAGUGAAGAGGAGAAGUGAGGAGCUGGCCACAGAAAAGGACGCUUUGAAGCGGCAGCUCUUUGAGUGUGAACGCCUCAUUUGCCAACGAGAUGCUGUCCUCUCUGAGCGUACUCAACAUGCAGAGAGUCUGGCCAAGACCUUGGAGGAGUACAGAACGAUGACCCAGGAACUGAGGCUGGAAAUCUCACACCUGGAGGAGCAGCUGAGUCAGAUCCAUGAGGGGCCGGAUGAGCUACCGGAAGGGGCCCAGGUGAGAAGAGCGGGCUGGACCCAGGUGCUGCCCCCGUCACUGGGCGUGGAGAUCCAGGCCAUUCGGCAGAAACAAGAAGUGGCAGACUCCGCUCUCUCCAGCCCUCUCUGUGGAGUGUGGCAGUGGGAGGAGGUCAUCAUCGAGACUGAGACAGACGAGGAAGCUGAGUUUCCACCUGAAGCCCCAGCUGGGGCAGAGAGAAACUUCCAGGGAGAGCCAGCGCACCCUCAAGGAGGAAGGAAGGAGCAAUCGAUGUGGUUACCCAGAAGACAGGAAGAGGAGGAAGCAGAGACCCAGGUCAGGGCCAAUCUCCCCAUCCCUCUGGGAGACCCUCACCCUGGAGACAUUCCAGGAAGCCUUCCUGAGAGCCCUGCCAGGCCGGAUCUGCAGCGAGCCCUGGUGCCUGUGGUGAAAGAGCUGGUCCCAGUCAGCAGGCCGGACUGGGGCCAGCUCUGCCUGGCCCCCCUGCACCCCCAGCCGCUCAGGGUCACCCGGCACCCGCUGAUCCCCGCUCCAGUCCUGGGGCUGCUGCUGCUGCUGCUUCUCUCUGUCUUGCUGCUGGGCCAGUCCCCACCUCCGACCUGGCCCCACCUUCAGCUCUGCUACCUUCAGCCGCCCCCAGUGUGAGACACCCUGAGUAAGGUCUAGUCAAUGAACGCCCCGGGACUCUUUCUACUGUUAUUGCCAUUGUUGUGCCAUCGUUACCUGGGAGCACCCCAGUUCGGGGACCCCAGAUACAGUACUCCAGGAGCCGCACCCCCAUACUGGGUUUUUAGGUGAUGUCUUUUGUUUUGGUUUGGUUUUUUGAUACUGGUGACUACAUUUCUUAAUAGCAAACAUAUCCAAUAAUGGACUAAAUACUAGGUGGGUAUUUUUCUCAUGAAACAAGUCUGGAGAAGGACAGCUGUGGGCCCCCAGCUCAGAGUCUCCACAACUUGGGGGCCAGGAGGGCUGUGAUUCUCUAUGAUUCUCUUGGCCCUUCCCUUUUGCUCAGGAGAUGGCAGGCAUAGCUUCACACGUCGCACCUGCAGGAAGGGUGCACCUUUUUUAAAGAAAAAGCGGUAGCCUUCUCAGGGCCAGCAGCAGACCUGUGUUUAUGUCUCACUGGCCAAAAUCUCUUGUUGUGACCACUCUUAGCUGCAAGAGAGGCUCAGAGACCGAGCACCCUCCUGGCAGACAGAGGGAGAAAGAGAUGUGGGCCGGGCUCACCCCACAGAUGUCCUGUGUGGUGCAAACAGCCCAUGGGAAAUGGACCAGUGUGCCAUUUGUUCACUCAUCACUUCCUGCUCAUUUGUUUGCCACAAUUAGACCUUCGAAGAUAAAGCUGUAGAAAAACAGGCCCUCCAAUGCCAGGCUGGGGAGUGCUGGUUUGCUCCUAAGGAUGAUGGGAGCACUGGGAGAUUUUAUUGCUUGUUUUUGGUUACUUAUAUUUUAACUGAGAUGUAAGUUAUGUACACAUAAAUGGAUGUGCUCUCUUCGGCAGCACAUAUACUAAAGUUGGAACCAUACAGAUAA